AUGGCAGAUUCAGAUUUUUCAAAUGAUGAUAACGUCACUUCGCUGAAGCAUUCAUGUAGGGGAUACAUAGGGACAUUAUCCCGACUCUACAAGGAACUAGAGGUUUUAAUGGCAGACUUCGAAAAUAAGGACGCAGUCGUGCAAAAGCAUCUCCAGCUCGAAAGGGUAUUCACCUCGUACAAGGAAAAAAGCGAUGAAUACAUAAGCGAGUUGAGUGGAGCAGAAGCGGAGGCUGCGUCAGAGAAAUUCGAGAGAAAUGUCGAGAACAAUCGAGAGUUCCGAGUCAGACUACAAGAUUGGAUGGAAGCAGCGGAGAAAAGAGUUGACGUGGGAGGUCGGCCAGCCGACGUUGACGGCGACGUCGAUGACGACAGGCGGUCAGUGCGGUCUUCCCGAUCGUCGAGUAGCAAGGCAUCGCGGUUCACCGUAGCGAGCUCGACAUCGUCAGCACGACUGAGAGAAGCAAGAGCCAAGGCGGCUGUUGCACGCCUCAAUAGACAGCACAUGGCAAAGGCCCAUGAACUUAAACAAGAACAAUUGAAGCUUGAACAGAAGCUUGCGGCGAUGGAAGCCGACAAGGACAUCGCAGCCGCUGAAGUUGAGCUUCAGUGUCUUGAGGAAGAAUCGGACGAUGAAAGUCAAGUAAGAGUAGAUAAGUCAAAUAAGAUACAUGUUAAUGACUCUACUUUUAAUGAUGUCAAAACAAGGGAUAAUAGAUAUUCUCUUGAUGAAGCUGCACAUGUCCCCAUGGUAACAAAUUUGAAUCCAAAUGCCCCAGAAUACACUGGGAUAGGGGUAAAGGUAGAAAGUGUCAAGGGGGAUGGUGCAGCCAUGUCUAACAUGACUAAAAUGUUUAACGCUUUGGACUUAGUGAUGAACAUGCCAAAGCCGGAAAUGAAAGUAUUCGAUGGUAACCCAUUAGAUUAUUGUGCCUUCAUUUCCAGCUUUGACGCCACUGUAGCUUCUAAGAUAAGUGAUGAUAGGGCUAAGCUAACGUAUUUAAUACAAUACUGUAGUAGUAAGGCUAAGGAUAGCAUUGAAAAUUGUGUCUUCCUAGGGCCCCAGACCGGAUACCAAAAGGCAAGGGAUAUUCUAGAAAAUCAAUUUGGGCAGCCAUACAUGGUUGCCACUGCUCACAUGAAAAAGGUGCUAAGUCGUCAGCCCAUCAGACCAAAUGACGGUGAAGCACUAUGGGACCUUGCUCGCGGCAUGAGGAAAUGUCAGAUGGUUUUGUCGCAAGGAAAUUAUCGAGCCGACAUGGAUAGCACAGAAAACCUUCUGCGCAUCCAACAGUUCUUGCCAGUCCACUUGCAGUCCGAGUGGGCAAGGAGGGCGCACUCAAUGAUGACCAGGUUCAUGGCUCCAACGUUUGAAGCCAUGACUAUGUUCAUUGAGGAGUCUGCCCAGUUAUCAAGUAAUUUGUUUGGCCAAAACAUUGGCAAAUCGAAAAACAAACCAUCUGACAAAUCCUCAAAGCCAAAAGGAGGGUUCAAGGUAACAACAAUGUCAACUCAGAGCAACCCCGCAGCUGGUAAAGGUAAGUCCAAAGCAAAGAGCGAUAGAAGUUGUCUUUGCUGCUCUGGGCGGCAUAACCUAGAGGACUGUAGGAACUUUGUCAAGAAAUCCUUCGAAGAGAGGAGGAACAUUACCAGGAAGCACAAGUUGUGUGAUAACUGCUUCCGACCUUCGCAUAUGUCGUCCGGAUGCAUGAUGAAAUCUAGAUGUACUGAGAAGGGAUGCCAACGGAAGCAUCACACCCUUCUUCAUGCUCCUGCAUCCUUCUUCAAGGAAAGAAAACUUGACAAAGCUAACCCCAAGAAGUCUAGCAAUUCCCAAGAAUCCAACUCAGACACCGGGGCCGGUAGUUCAGAUGAAGAAGCCUCUAGCAGAGAAGCGGGCGACUGUUACAGCAGUGUAACUUCACAAGGAAAGGUAAGUCUAAGGGUCUUGCCAGUGAAGGUCCAAGGUAAUGGACGUGAAGUACAGACAUGGGCCUUACUAGAUGAAGGGAGCGAUAUAUCAAUCUGCUCCAAGGAUUUGGUAAGAGACCUUGGGAUGACAGGGUCACCACGGCGAAUUCAACUCACAACUGUCAAUGGGGUUGAUUCCCAGCAAGGUGAAGAGGUCAGCCUCAAGGUCAGGGAUAUCCAUUACAAGGAAGAGUUGGAUAUUCCACGUGUCUGGACAGUGAAGUCCUUACCGCUUUCCGAUUCUCUGAUUCCAGACAACAAGGACCUUCUUAAGUGGAGACACUUAAGAGGUAUUGAGUUCCCAUCGAUCGACGCAAGGGAGGUCAAGCUUCUCAUAGGAGCCGACACCCCUGAAGCGUUUUGGGUCCUGGAACAGAGGAGAGGGAAAAGGAAGGAACCUUAUGCGAUACGCUGCCCUCUAGGUUGGACGCUAAUGGGGCCAACCACAAAGUCUAAGGAAACUACAGCCUUCCAUGUGAACUUUGCCCGGCUAGAAGAUGAAAGACUUCAAGACCAGGUCAAGAAGUUCUGGGAGUUGGACCAUGUGGUUGAGGAUAAUCCAGGGAGGAUGGGAGAGUCCAUCCAAGACAUGCGAGCGAGAGAACUCAUGCGGGAAAGUAUCAAGCUCGUCGAUGGCCACUACGAGGUAGGGCUACCCUGGAAGUAUCCAGACCCCGGACUUGAGAACAAUCGCCAUAUGGCUGAAGUCCGUCUCAAGUACUUGGAAAGGAGGCUUAAGAAGGAUUCUAAUCUAGCCGUCAAGUACACGGAGACUGUCCAAGGUUAUAUAGAGAAGGGAUAUGCGGAGAAGGUACCAAGACAGAAGAAGGAAGCAAAUCUUCAGACUUCCUGUAUAUGGUAUCUCCCUCAUCAUCCGGUCGUUCAUCCUCACAAACCUGACAAGGUAAGAGUUGUGUUCGACUGUGCAGCAAAGUAUCGUGGAACUUCACUAAAUGACACAUUGCUGCAAGGACCCGACCACACCAAUAGCUUAGUUGGUGUACUCCUGCGAUUCAGGGAGGAACCUGUGGCAGUUGUUGGUGACGUAGAGGCAAUGUUUCAUCAGGUAAAGGUGCCGAAGAAAGAUUGCGAUGCUCUCCGCUUCCUAUGGUGGGAAAAUGGUAACCUGGCCACAGAACCGGUAGAGUAUCGAAUGAAGGUGCAUCUUUUUGGUGCAACGUCAUCACCGAGCUGCGCAGGAUUUGCUCUUAGAAGAACUGCAGAAGAUAACCGACAUGAAUAUGACGAAGACGUCGUCAACACAGUGCUGGACAACUUCUAUGUCGAUGACUGCCUCAAAUCAGUACCCUCUGACAAAGAUGGGGUGAGGCUAGUCCAGCAACUGAGAGGUCUUCUGCAGAAAGGAGGAUUCCGCUUAACAAAAUGGGUAAGUAAUAGUAGAGAAGUGCUUAACUCAAUACCUGACACAGAAAAGGCUCCAUCUGUAAUUGAUAUGGAUCUGGAUACUCUCCCAAUCGAGAGAACGCUAGGAGUGUUGUGGGAUGUCGAUUCCGACAGGUUCGGCUUUAAGGUGAGUCUGAAGGACAGACCUGCAACCAGGCGAGGGAUACUGUCUAAGGUAAGCUCUUUAUACGACCCCCUUGGGUUCCUAGCACCUUUCAUCUUGGUAGCCAAGGUUCUUCUGCAAGGCAUCUGCCAGAAAGGUCUAGCAUGGGAUGAACCAGUGGAUGAAAAGGAUCUCCAGACCUGGCAAGAAUGGCUUGAUGAUCUUCCCAGACUGACAGAGAUAAAGAUACCAAGAUGUCUCAAACCAGAAAUACUUGAAGAUCAAGUACUUUACCAGCUCCACUAUUUCUGCGAUGCAUCAGAGCUUGGGUAUGCAGCUGUGGCUUACCUACGCUUAGAGGAUUCUGCUGGUCGCAUACAUUGCUCAUUUGUUUGUGGUAAGUCUAGACUCAGUCCCUUGAAGGUCACCUCAAUACCAAGGCUUGAAUUGGCAGCAGCUGUACUAGCUGUUGACAUGAAUCACAUGAUUCAAGAGGAAUUAAGGUUACCGAUUGCUACCACAACGUACUGGACAGAUUCAACUUCUGUUCUCAUGUACAUCCAAAAUGAGAGCCGAAGGUUCCAUACCUUUGUAGCAAAUAGAGUUGCUAAGAUUCGUGAGGUAACAGAACUGAGCCAGUGGCGACAUGUGAACACUAAACUCAAUCCAGCUGAUGAUGGAUCGCGAGGUUUGAAGGCUCAGGAUCUUAUCACGAAUCCAAGAUGGCUCUCAGGACCCGACUUCCUCAAACAAGAGGAAGAAAACUGGCCAUCUUCUCCAGCCAUCUUGGGAGAACUGAAGAAGGAUGACCUGGAAGUAAAGAAAGACAGAGUUCAUGUGAACACUGUCGUAACAAAUGACAGUGUGCAAGAACUGUUGACCAGGUAUUCAUCCUGGAAUAGACUCAAAGGAGCCUUCGCUUGGGUACUUCGGUAUAAGAUGUUCUUGAGAAAUCGAGAUGCAGCAGCAAGGCUACCUCGAGGACUCACUGCAGAGGAAUUGAAAGAGGCUGAACUUGAAAUUACUAAACAAGUUCAGCUGAGAUCAUUUCCUUCAGAAGUGAUGACUGGAUCAGGGGAACCAACAAGGCGGCAAAAGGCCUCAGGUCCUCUGGACAAACUGAAUCCCAUCAUCACUGGUGGAGUACUGAAAGUUGGUGGUAGACUUUCAAGAUCUACUCUUGCAGAAGAUGCAAAACACCCUGCUAUACUCCCAAGAGAUAAUCAUGUGACUGACUUGAUUAUCCAACACUAUCAUGAAGAGGUUGGGCACUCAGGAGCGGUCAUAACCUUAUCAGCCAUAAGAGAAAGGUUCUGGAUAGUCAGAGGAGGAGCCACUGUUCGCAAGGUACUUCAAAGGUGUAUGAAGUGCAAAAGGAGAAGUUCCCGUCGAGGCGAACAGUUCAUGGCAGAUCUUCCAGCUGAGAGAGUGACACCAGAUAAACCACCGUUCACCUCUACAGGGGUGGACUUCUUUGGGCCUUUCAUGGUUAAGAGGGGACGCAGUGAGGUGAAGAGAUAUGCAUGUCUAUUGACUUGUCUUGCGUCAAGAGCCGUUCACAUAGAGAUUGCCUGUUCUCUUGACACAGAUUCCUUCAUUUGCGCCCUGAGAAGAUUCAUCAAUCGCAGAGGAAAACCGGAUCAGGUAUUCAGCGACAAUGGAACAAACUUUAAGGGCGGACAUAAAGAAUUGAAGGAAAGUCUGGCUGCACUCAAUGACUCUAAGGUUGGGAAUCUCUUAACCCAAAAGGGCAUUGAGUGGCGCUUCAAUCCUCCUCUAGCCAGCCAUAUGGGAGGAGUGUGGGAACGUGUAAUACGCUCAGUGCGCAAAAUACUAGGAGGCCUACUUCAUCAACAAGUUAUGUCGGAUGAGGCAUUAGUUACGCUGAUGACGGAAGUAGAGGCUAUCCUAAACGCACGCCCACUCACCCCAUUGAGCAUGGAUCCAAAGGAUGAGGAGCCUUUGACCCCAAACCAUCUCCUGCUAUUGAGGAAUAAUCCAUCCUUGCCACCCGGCAUCUUCACAAAGGAUGAAAGCUAUGGCAGAAGGAGAUGGCGCCAUGUCCAAUUCAUCGCGGAUCAGUUUUGGAAGCGAUGGGUUAAGGAAUAUCUUCCACUCCUUCAACCGAGACAGAAAUGGACCAGGGAAAAAAGAAACUUCGAACAAGACGACCUCGUCUUGGUGGCGGACGAUAAUGCACCUCGUGGGCAGUGGCCUUUGGGGAAAAUUGUGGCCACUUAUCCAGACAAGCAAGGUAGGGUAAGGCAGGUCGAGGUUAGGAUAGGUUCAAAAUAUUUCCGGCGUCCAAUUUCAAAACUUUGCCUUUUGGAGGAAGGGAAGGGUGCUCCCUAAAUAAUGGCAAAUUAUUUAAUGUUGUAGUAAAUAAUAGUGAAUGCUAUUUAUUCUGAGUUUUGUUUUCUGGGUCCCAAUAUUUAAUUGUGAUUUAGAUAUGUAUGUAGAAAGAUAUAGCUACAGGUCAUUGAUUGUUUGAAGUCAUUUGGAUAUGCAUUCUAGUUGAUUAUUGUUAUAAUGUUAUGUUUGUUUUGUUCAUACUUGUAUUGUUUAUAUAUGCCGCGUUCUAAUGGUAGGAAUGAGCUUAUGGGUGAGUCAGCCCAUUGGGGCCGGUAUGUUGCGGCAUGAAAUAUAAUAGGGUCUGAAACCCAAGCCUAUUAAUGAACAAAGUUACCUGUAUGCAAAGUUAUUUUGUGUCUAUUGGUUAGGAUCUCACUUUCCUCUCCUGGUGACAAAAUGUUUCUAAAUGUACUAAUUCUGGUUGGUCAAGUAUACCAUGCCCAGUGUAUAAUCAGGUAGCAACAGUAAUCCAAUUGGUCAACACAUUGGCCAAGCAUGCAAAUUAAACAUGACUCAGAGAUACCAAGAAAUAGGAGAUACCACAAAGUUAUCCCACUUGGCAUCAGAAGACAAAGGAAAGUUCCACAGUCAAGACGUGUUCACCAUUUUGUUAUAAAACUUGAAGAAAAUUGCAUAGAUUUGGAGGUCAAACAAUUGCAAACCACUCACUCACUCAAUACACUCGCUUACUACACUCAGUUCAUUUACUAGCUUCGUUCACUACACUGUUCACUAUUCUGUACAGUUGUUCGUCAUUUAAUUAUUCAUCUGUAUACUUCAUUUACGCUCAACUCCGUCAAGUUAUUAAACUGUUUACAUCUUUCGCUUAUGAUUUGUAAACUGCUUCGAUACCUGGAGAAUUGUUGAUUGCUGUGAUUAAAUGAAGCAUAACUGUAUGGAAUUGUGUUCCUGAACUGUUUAUUUCGAGUGCGUUCGGAAUAUCGACCAUCAAAUUUAUAACUACCAUCCUACUUUAA